AUAUAUAUAUAUAUAUAUAUAUAGACAUAUGUGUGUAUACAUUAUAUGUAAUGAAAAAAUGGUACUAUAUGGGUAAUAAUAUAAUAUGUAUGUGUGUUUAUGCAUAUGAAUAUAUCAUUUUUCCCUAAAACGAUAGAUUUAAAAGAAAUUCGUACAUCACAUUCUGUCAAAGCUUGACCUCAAGAUGGAAAUUAUGCACCGUUGUUAGCAGACUGAUUAUAACUGAAGCAGUUAAGACCAUAUACUCCUCUUAUCCACCAUAACACAAGGAUUAUGAUACGGUAUCCUACCGUGUUUAUGUUUUUCAGUAGAAAUCAUUGUGCAAUUAUCAUUUUAUAUGAAUCUGCUUGUUACAGAUUUUUUUACGGGUUGAUCACGGAUUCAUAUCAGUUAGAGAACCACUGGAAAAGCUGGGAGUACUGGACAGCCGUUUCAUCCUAGUUUGGGAAUCAUCGGCAGUACGCACCCACUGCCAGGGUUCGAACCCAGGACCUUCCGGUUACAAAGCAAGCUCGUAUACCAUUCAGCCACUGGGACCCGAUUCCUCAAUGGCCAGUGCAUGAAUUCCAACUUCUACCAAUUCGUGAUUUAGCGCGACCCCAACCAUUGUCGUUGGUGGGACAUCCAUCCUCACACGUGACAUCUGGUUGAACCUCACUGGCCACGACUUCUCACUAGAAUUCCAGGAAACUCCAUCCUGUAGCAAGUCACUAGCGAGCAUCAGAUUAAUUUUCUAUAGUUUGGUUUCUAAGGGUUACAGAUAUCACAAUUAUUAGCACACUAAUAGUUUGAAAUCCAGCUGUAUUUUGUAUACCAGUCCGAUUCUUUAGUAUAUCCUGGUUAAUAUGCUUUAUACAUGUCUUUAAUAAGUGCCUUUAUAGUUUAUUAUUUGAUCACUUUCACCAAUACUUUGAUUGGUUGUAACAAAUGAAGUGCCUGCUUCAUAAGACAAAUUAAGUAGGUGUCUGAUUACCACUUGUUAGUUUCUGUAAUAACUUAUACUACAAUAAACGUAAGUCGUAUAUUCUGAAAGUGAUGAAUCAUAUCCAGUAAUGGACUAAGAGAUAAACAGCAGAACUUUUUUCAGUACAACGUACUUUAUACGACGGAAAAAAGUUGUUUUUUCAGCUAAUUUAAAGAUGGAGUAAGAAACGAGUUUUGAUUCUCCCUGUAAAUUGUAGUCCUAACCAAUAAUAUGAAAAAUAUGUUUAAAAUGUUAUUAUUUUACACAUAUUUAACCGUACUUUUUGUAAAUACACUGUAGACCAUGCCACCAGCACAAAAAUCUUUAAAUGUUCACAUCACUACAAUGGAAACUAUCACAGGGGACGGACAAGAAAAAACGGUGGUCACAAGUUCAGUGAUUAAAAUUCUACUCUUUGUAUUGGGAGCUAUUCUACUAUGCUCAGUAGUUUUGAUUCUACUAGCCACUGCUCUAACACACACAACCUGGUUCCUACGACGAAGGCGUUCUUUCCACAGACGUUUAGACUCAUCAUCUUCUAGACCAAAGUUUGGAGUAAAGGAUCAUAUACUCAACUAUAUGUAUGUUGUUGUUGAAGCACUUGCAAUAAACUUUGGAAAUGAUGACGAAACUUCUUCAAAGACAACGAAAACAUCAAUCCAAAAGUCAUUUGAAAAGACCUGUGAACCACCAUCACUACCAUUACGCUUUCAACCAGAAAAACUCUACGGAACCACAACGUCUUUGCAUAGAGACAAAUACAGGAAAGCGAGUUGCAUAAAUCUACCCCUACAUUCUCACCAAAACCAAUACCGAAAAAAAUCAAUGCUUGAUGGAUUUAUAUUUUCUGAGCAGCGGAGAGGUUCUAGGUUGUCUGAUACAAAUACUUUGUCAAGAAGCAACCUCUCAAUUCAACAUUCACAUUUAGCAGGCAGUGAUAAAAGCCACUAUGAAACGAUGAAAUUCCCAUCAAUAGAGAAGGUAGAACAACAGGAUAUUCCUGUCAUUCUUUCAGACCUCCCACGUCCAUCAAAUUAUGACCAUAUCUGUAGCCGUCAGACAUCUGUAUCAACGGAGGAUUCAAAAUACUUUUGUCCGCCAUCGGAUGAAAACUGUUUAUCCGUUCCUCUUAUGGCACGAAGAGCUUCAGCAACAGACUAUGAACUACUCGACAGUCGUUCAGCGAAAACUAGAAAGGUGUCUUAUGCACCGAUUUCUAUAACUAUAACUGAUACUCAGUCUGAUACUGAUGACACUGUAAAUGUGAAAACAGAUGAAACAGGCUUCCUGAGUACUUCGGUAAUGGCAUUAGAUGACCCCAGAGUUAUUCGACGAAAUAGUUUCUUGUCUUAUGCUACAGUCUUGGGAAAAACAGGUACCGAAGAUCUAGUGACUGGAGAAGAUUACAAGAGUAUUUAUUAUACUGCUCGACAAACACCUCCAAUGGGGAGCUCUGCAUCACUUUCAAAUGUUGUACACGCAGAUGAGUCUUUAUUGCAAAACACAAAUAUUGAUCAAAUCAACAGCUUAGCUAAACGACUUCCACCAGUUAUAACUUACGACUGGAUGCAAUAUCCCGCUGGAAUUAUGGCUGUUGGUGUUAAGUAUUUAUCGGAAAUAAGUAAAAAUGAAAGUCGAGUGUUUGUCACAUUGCAUACAGCAAAAAAUCUAUUAUCACCUCGAUUAUGGCAUAAAACAACAUUUAGUGUUCAGUGUAUCAUUUCAACUAAAGAUCAUUCUCAGAUGUUUACCAUUCACAGUAAAGAAACAGAAUUUGGUUGUCCACAGUUUUUAAACAACAAUGAAGUUUCAAUGAAUAUACCUGUUCGAAAGAGUUCAAUGGCGCCUGCAGUGAAUGACACAGAAAUACCAAAGAUACACAUUCAAAUGAAAAUUUUCGAAUCGAUUCCGAAGUGGUCAGGUGAUAAGGAAUAUUAUCAUGGCUCUUGUAGUAUGUCAACUCAAGAACUUCCUGUUAGUCAGGGAGAUUUCGAACAUGUUGGCUGGUGUCUAGUUGAAGAAGCCUAUCCAGUGAUCCGCUUGUCAGGAGAUAUGCUGAUUUCAUUAUGUCGUAAUCAAAACAAAGGCUUCGUCAACAUCAGAAUACACGAGAUGAGGAACUUGAAGUUCACAUCUUAUGGAAGGUGGAGAAUUGAAAAUUUGAAUGCAUUAUUAAAUAAUCGAUCUUAUGAAAUAACACUGCAUGCUUGUCUAGUUCAUGCUGGUCGUAUAAUGAAAGCAGUCAAAGCAACAACAGUUCAUUAUCCUGUGCAUCGAUCUUCAAAAACGUAUCAAACAGAUGGUCACAGUUUGCUAGAGAGUAAAAUCAUUGAACAAAAGACUGGAGAGAAAAAGAAUUCUAACUGUUUCACAUUGAGCGAUUGCUCUGUUCAAUUUAAUUUACCAUUCGUGAAAAAGUCAUUUGCCAAACAUUUAACAGUGAAACACGGUAUUAUAAUUUAUGUUACAAGUAAACUGCCGAUUUCCGAUUUAAUACCUUAUGAAUGUGCAAAUCAACUUAAACAAAUGGGUAUUACGAAUAUGCGCGCCUUGAAUGCCAUUGGUGAGUGUCAUUUCGGUGAUUAUGGUUUUCAGAGUGAUUCUGUAAAAGAUUUUAAUAGACCAGCAUCAUGUCAUUCUAGUCAAGGUUAUGCAUUUUGGAGUGACGCUGGAUCACGUAACGGAACUCGUAUUUAUCAGUGGUUAGGUGUGGAAUGAUACAAAUGAAUACAACUCAUUUAUUUCAACCUGUUAAACUCAUCAAUUUAUGGAUUGUUUAUUGUUCAACGUCGUUUGUGUUCAGUCAACUUAUUUAUGAAUCAUUUUUGAUGGCAUCUACGCUUUCGUAUCGAGUUUUUCGUCUAAUCUAAUGAAUACUAUUCAUAUGUAAUCUGCAUAGAAAAAAUCACACACACACUUCAAUUUAUUUUUUCCUGUCUUGUGAGAAUAAACUCAUUGACGCGGAAAAACUAUGACAGACAUACAGAACUGAUUACAUUUCCAUUGAACAUCAAAGAUAUUUGAUUCUUUCACUAUUUCACUCAAUCAUUUACAGUUUUUUUCCAGUAGUGUCAUUGUGACGAUUUAUCUGUAAAAAAAAAUUGUCGCCGUCAUGUUGUUUGUCAGCUGCACGCACAAGAUCACAAGAGCACAUCUAUAUAAACUUUUUUCUCUUGACAGUAUUUUUCAUUACAUGUGGUUUUGUUCUACGCUAUUUGACUACAAAAAGUAAUUAACAU